UUAAUUUCCACAAGGUGACAAAAACAUAUAGAAUAUUAGAGAAGAAGAAUCUUCACAGUGCUCACUCUUUCUUAGUUCUGAGCUGCCGAAAUCAAAUGGCCAAAUCCUUCAUGAUUUUCUGUUACCAUGAUUUUGAAACAAAACUGAAAAUUCCAGCUGCGUUUGUGAAAGAUCACGGUUUACAUCUUCUUCCUCGACUCUUCCUGCAGCUCAAAACCCAGCCGGCAAGAAGAUCUUGGGCCGUCAAGAUCAAGAAGAUCAACGGCGAUUUCUACAUCGCCGACGGCUGGUCCCAGUUCGUCAAAGACAACGACAUCCUCGAAAUGAAACUUCUCAUCUUCUACAUCGUCGCCGCCUCCUCUCUCCGCGUCGCCAUCUUCGGCCACGAUUCCUGCUUAGAACUCCCACCUUCAUCUCGAGGGGUCGAUAGGCCGCGCUUCGACUUCGUUCUAACGCAAGCCAGGAAAUACAGAACGUAUCUGUUCCACGAGUUCGCGGAGAAGGCUGAUUUGAUGGACAAAAGAAGCGUGGUGCUGCAGUUUCCGCCCAAGCGCCGGCACUGGCCGGUUCUCGUGCAGAAGAACCGGCUGCGCCGGCGUUGCACCCUCGAGCUGACUCAAGGUUGGGUUGGUUUUAGAGUUGCAAACGGAUUGGUGUAUGGAAGGAGAUAUUCCUUCGAGUUCGACUCCGCCGAGAAUGUGAUUUUGGUGAAGGAGCUGAAAAAUUAGAUUCUCUUCUAACAAAGUUAUAAUUUUCUAGCAGCCUUCAAGCUUUUGGUUAAUUAAUUUCCAUGUGUUGGAAUUUGAAGGCUUGCAUUUGUUUUCUGGGAUCAUAUUUUAUGUUGUGUUCUAUUGUAUCAGUAUAUUGAUACUACGAAAGAUACGAGUGUGCGUGUGUUGGUCUAGCAGUAGGUGGUUAAUGCAUAAAGCUUGAAAUCUUGGGUUCGAGUUCA